AUGGAUGCUGAUACAAAAGAAAGGGUUAUCACAUCCAGAAAAAAGGGAUUCAGAGAAGAGGGUUUGGGAAAGGAUGGUAAGGGUUUGGCUCAACAGUAUCUUCCUUUCUCAUCUCAUGUGUUUGAGAUUUUGGGAUAUUAG